UCAUUCGUCCUUCAUCAUGAGCGACCCGGAGCGCAGCCAGGCGCUCGAGGACUAUAAAAAGAGCUUGCUCGAGCUACGAGAAUGGGAAGCCAAGUUGAAGACCCUUCGUUUGGGUAUCAAGGAUCUUCAAAGAGAGUUUGAUGUUUCCGAGGAUAACAUCAAGGCACUGCAAAGUGUUGGUCAGAUCAUCGGCGAGGUGCUGAAGCAGCUCGACGAAGAGCGAUUCAUCGUCAAGGCGUCAUCGGGUCCUCGAUAUGUGGUCGGUUGUCGUUCAAAGGUGGAUAAGUCCAAGAUGAAGCAAGGCACACGUGUGGCCUUGGAUAUGACAACACUCACCAUCAUGCGGAUGCUGCCUCGUGAAGUCGAUCCCAUGGUGUACAACAUGUCUCUGGAAGAUCCAGGGUCCGUCAACUUUGCUGGUAUCGGUGGUCUUAACGACCAGAUCAGAGAGCUCCGUGAGGUCAUCGAACUACCCCUGAAGAAUCCAGAGCUCUUCCUCAGAGUUGGAAUUAAACCUCCGAAGGGUGUUUUGCUCUACGGUCCUCCGGGUACUGGUAAGACGCUGCUUGCACGAGCAGUGGCCAGCUCGAUAGAGACCAACUUCUUGAAGGUUGUAUCCUCGGCCAUCGUGGACAAAUAUAUCGGUGAAUCCGCUCGCCUGAUCCGAGAGAUGUUCGGAUACGCCAAGGAACACGAGCCCUGCAUUAUUUUCAUGGACGAAAUUGAUGCCAUUGGUGGACGACGAUUCUCAGAGGGUACAUCGGCAGAUCGAGAAAUCCAGCGGACGCUUAUGGAGUUGCUGAACCAGCUGGACGGUUUCGACUACCUCGGAAAGACAAAGAUCAUCAUGGCUACCAACCGACCCGAUACGCUGGACCCUGCUCUAUUGCGUGCUGGUCGUCUGGACCGCAAGAUUGAGAUUCCUCUUCCCAAUGAGGUUGGUCGUUUGGAGAUCUUGAAGAUCCACACAAGUACAGUCCAAAAGGAAGGCGAUAUCGACUUUGAGAGUGUGGUCAAGAUGAGUGAUGGUCUUAACGGUGCUGAUCUCCGAAACGUGGUUACUGAAGCUGGUCUGUUCGCGAUCAAGGAUUACCGUGACGCUAUCAACCAGGACGACUUCAACAAGGCUGUACGGAAGGUGGCAGAGGCGAAGAAGUUGGAGGGCAAGCUUGAGUAUCAGAAGCUCCAUCGCGCAGCCCUUUGCCGUCGCGCAGUCCCCUUUGCACCCGCGCAACAAGACGGCUUCUACGGAAACCCCCGUAGCGGGCUCCGCGGAUAUGGGCUGUCGAACCAGCCCAUCCCCCUAUCCAAUAAAGUGAACGGCUACUUCGAAAAGGACCGCACGCUACCUUUAUACAAAGAUAAGCCAUUCUUUGCGCCGCGGCGCACAGGUCCUCGAAGGAGAUGGAGGCCGUUCCUGAACGUGCUGGGUGUGUGUACAGUGUUAUUUCUGUUGUAUUAUUACUUCUACCUCCGCACGUGGUCAGGGCUACAGUCAAAUGAUAAGGGGGUAGAAUUAUGGAAAUGGGCGCAGACGUUGGAAGACGGGAAAACUUCAGGGGACUUGUCUGACUGGACUGCGAGACGAGAGAAAGUGCGGGACGCCUUCAUCGUCAGUUGGGAAGGAUAUGAGAAGAACGCAUGGGGAUACGAUCAGUAUCGCCCUGUAUCGAACGUUAACCAGGAAGACACGAGCGGCGGACUAGGCUGGAUGAUAGUUGACUCGCUGGACACAUUGAUGAUCAUGAAUCUGACCUCCAAGGUCCACCGCGCGCGGCAAUGGAUCUCAACAUCGUUGAAUUAUAACCAGGACCGAGAUGUUAAUACAUUCGAGACAACUAUCCGCAUGCUGGGUGGUUUGCUGUCCGCACACUAUCUAUCAACCCAGUACCCCGAUUUAGCACCCCUCAAUGACGAUGACGUCGGUGCUGCCGGUGAAGACCUGUACAUCGAGAAAGCAGCUGACCUCUCUGAGCGGCUACUCGGGGCUUUCGAGUCUCCAAGCGGCAUCCCAUGGUCGAAUGUUAAUCUCAACACCUCAGAAGGUGUUGUCGUGCAUUUCGACGAGGGAGCUACGUCUAUUUCUGAGGCUGGCUCGAUACAACUUGAAUUCAAAUACUUGGCCAAGCUGACUGGAGAGGCGGAAUAUUGGAAGUUGGUUGAGAGAACGAUGCAGCUGGUUGACCUGCAAAAGCCGCAGGAUGGCCUUGUCCGAAGCGCCAUUCAUCCUGACAGUGGUUCAUUCAAAGGAGACAGGAUUAGUCUGGGUGGUAGGGCAGAUUCUUACUAUGAAUAUCUCAUCAAGCAAUACCUGCAGACAUCAGAACAGGAGCCCGUCUACAAAGAGAUGUGGGACGAGGCAUUGAGAGGCAUCCGCAAGCACCUGGUCUCAUUCACGAAGAACUCUCAGCUGAUGAUUAUCGGCGAGCGGCCCCAGGGCCUAGACCAGGACCUUGAACCCAGAAUGGACCAUCUGGUGUGCUUCAUGCCCGGAACAAUCGCGCUCGGCGCGACCGGUGGCCAGCCCUUGUCCCAAGCCCGAAAGUCGGCGGAUUGGACUCAACAGCGCGAGGAAGAGAUCCUCAUGCAACGGCAACUGGCCUUGCAACGGAGAUCUCCCACUUCGUCUUUAGACUCGCCGCCAGUGAUGAUGGCGGACAAGUACCCGGAUCCAGUGACGAACCCCAACCGCGCAUCCAAACCCGAGGCACUGCGCGGCAUUUCCCAGCCCGUCGAGGCGCAAAGCGCUGCGUCCGCGCCCUGGCGCGCGGACAUCGAUAUCCGCCGCAACGACCGCCACAAUCUACAACGCCCGGAAACAGUCGAGUCCCUCUUCUAUCUCUACCGUAUCACCGGUGACGACAUCUAUCGCCAGUGGGGCUGGGAGAUCUUCAAGUCUUUCAUCAAACACACAGCCGUGGUGGAGAAGAAGAGCACAUCCCGCAUUCCUACAUCAACCAACACAGCGCCCGUUUUCCGUAUCAAGGGCUUUACAUCGCUCGGAAACGCGGAUGCGGUCCCUUCAUACAAGCGUGAUAAUAUGGAAAGCUAUUGGAUGGCUGAGACGCUCAAGUAUUUCUACUUGCUGUUCUCGGAUCGUGAUUUCAUCUCGCUGGAAGAUCACGUUUUCAAUACCGAGGCCCAUCCAUUCCCGCGGUUUAAGCCUAGCGGAGAUCUUAAGACGGGGUGGGAUAGGGUGCCUAGGCAGUAG